AUGCGUCUCUUAUGCAACAUGGCGACCGGUAAAGGACUUGCAAUCGUUUUUCGACCAAAGACUAUUAAUUUAAUCAACAAUAGUAAAUUAAAUAAAUUACCUAGUAGUAUCGUGCAAAGAUGUAACACCUGUCACCGAUCUAUCACAACAGUGGUAUUGGGUGUCGGCAACUGGAACUUAAAGAAAGCAGAAAAAUGUAAUAUAGGAAAUUUAAAUCAAGUUCAAAGAGGAAUACAUGUAACACGCAAACUUUUAAAGCGUAAUUAUUAUGAAAUAUUGGGUGUAUCCAAGAAUGCUUCAGCAAAGGAAAUUAAAAAGGCUUACUAUCAACUUGCUAAACAGUACCACCCUGAUACAAAUAAAGGUGAUCCAAAUGCAAGCAAGAAAUUUCAGGAAGUUUCAGAAGCGUAUGAGGUGUUAAGCGAUGACAAUAAAAGAAAGGAAUAUGACACAUGGGGGGCUACAUCAGAACAAAUGGGAAUGAAUCAAGGUAGUGGUGAACAUGUCAAAGAUUUUGGUCAAAGCUGGCAAUUUAGGUCAUCGAUCAAUCCAGAAGAAUUGUUUAGAAAAAUAUUUGGACAAGCUGGAUUUCAGACUAAUAUUUUUAAUGAUUUUGAAGAUUUUCAAGAAUCAUCAUAUGGUUUUGGUGCAGCUCAAGAGGUUAUUAUGAAUUUAACAUUUUCUCAAGCUGCCAGAGGAGUGAAUAAAGAAGUUCAGCUGAAUGUAAUAGAUACAUGUCCAAAAUGUAGAGGGUCACGUAGUGAAUUAGGAAAGAAAGCAGUUAGGUGCCAAUAUUGUAAUGGAACUGGAAUGGAAACAAUUAGCACAGGUCCUUUUGUGAUGCGAUCUACUUGUCGUUAUUGUAAUGGUACUAAAAUGUUUAUUAAAUAUCCUUGUAUGGAAUGUGAAGGAAAAGGACAAACGGUGCAACGUAAAAAAGUAACAGUUCCGGUGCCAGCCGGUGUUGAAGAUGGUCAAACAAUUCGGAUGGCUGUUGGUAAUAAAGAAGUAUUUAUAACAUUCCGUGUGGAAAAAUCGAAAUAUUUUCGAAGAGAUGGUUCAGAUGUACAUACAGAUGCUCAGAUUUCAUUAUCACAAGCAAUACUUGGUGGUACUAUAAGAAUAGAAGGCAUUUAUGAGGAUCAUACCAUUCAGAUUAUGCCUGGUACUUCAUCUCAUACUAAAAUUCGACUUAACGGUAAAGGAUUAAAAAAAGUAAAUAGUAUGGGACAUGGAGACCAUUAUGUACAAAUUAAAAUUGUUGUACCCACAAAAUUAAACGAUAAACAAUUAGCAUUACUUCAAGCUUAUGCUGAACUUGAAGAUAAUACACCUGGAAGUAUACAUGGUAUAACAUACAAAACAAAUGAUACUAAAGAAAGUUAUGCUGGUCCUUUGAAAUUGCUGGAAUCUAUACGAAUGGCGUUAAAUGAUAAAUCUGAAAAUGAUAAAGAUGCUAAAAGAAAAGAUGAUAGUUCAGGAAGUGAACAUCUUGAUUCAAUAAGAAGACGAAAAGUGUCUUAAAUUUGAAUAUAAUAGGAUUUUGAAUGGCUAAAAAAUUAGUCAUUUCCGACAUCUUUGGAAAUAUCUAAACGAAGGAAUAUAAAAGUAAAACUAAUUUUCGUGUAGAAGAUUCUGAUGCAUUAUUGUUAUAAAUAUUACUUGAAUUUGAAACAAACCAAGUAUAAGCCACUUUUUUAAAAAUACAAUUACUGACAUUAUUGUUUAUUUGUUUCAUAUGUAGUUUG